AUGAGCACAAACGCCAAAGGCCGUCGGCUGCCGUCCAGUUGCGUCAAUUGCAGACGCCGCAAGAUCAGAUGUGACAAACCAACAUCAAGAGCCUGUGGGAGAUGUGAGCGCCUAGGCUUAGAUUGUGCCGUGACUUGCGAGGUUGUUGCUCGACCUUACUACCACACGUCGAAAGAGCGGUUCGAACUCAUGGCAACAAUCGUUCAGCACUUUUCACCAGCCACCUCAUUAGAAGUAGAAGACCUUCGACAAUGUGUCUCUACUCUGAAAAGUGCACCGAGCGGCUCGUGGUGUCCCAGUCCUACGCAGGAAGGCUCGCCGCCAUCUUCGGUUGCUCAAUCUACAACCAUUGAAGCCCUGCAGACCAUCAGUGCGGCCAAUGACACAUCGCCCUCUGCGUCUGAAGGCAGCCUCGACGGUGUAUUUAUAUCAGAUGCAACAUGUCAGCGUCGUUUCGAUGGUGCUUCAAGUUACACCGUCUUACAACACAAGGUCAGCUCAUGCAUCGAAGAAAGGUUCCCUCGACUAGCAUUGCUACAGCGAGAGCAUACGCUUGACCUGCGCGACGGUGAACCACUCUGGAGUGUUCCAGCCAUCGCACUCCCUGAUAAAAGAACUUGCGAACAGUGUGGUGUAACAUUCUUUAGCCACAUUAAUAGUGUGGUCUUUAUUCUCAGUCCUGAAAAGUUCUUCAACGCUGUUGAGAUGGCAUACAGUGGGAGAGAUACAACAUCAUCUGUCCAGGCCAUCAUUCAUCUUAUCGUGGCUCUUAUAAAUGGCUCAUCGGAGAAUUUUGAGUUUGCUCGCAUGCAGAUGGAAGGUGUGAUCGAAGAGGGCAGCCUUGAGAGUGUCCAAGCUCUCAUGUUAAUGGCUUUGUACCGACAGAAGCACAAUCAACGGCACACCUCCUGGGUUGUUCUAGGCAGUGCAGUCAGGAUUGCUCAGUCGCUCGGCAUGCACAUCAAGACAGAUGACGAGAGCCUGAUGUUGAAAGAACAAAAGACACGACUGUGGUGGUCGUUGUACGAAUUGGACCAGUGGAGCUCAUGUAUUCUUGGGCAAUCUUCUGACCUGUCUAUGGACGCUAAGGGUGUCCCAUCUCCCUCGGAUAGUCUCACUGCGGGCAACACAUCUCCGCCCAUGUACGCAUCAACUUCAGCACGCUUGGCACAGUUCCUCUCUACGGCAAUGAGUUGCAUUUUCCUAAACCAGCAGCGUAGAGAGCAGGAUACGGACAGUCUAAUCCAGGAUCUGGAGGCCUGGUGGGCAAGCGUACCGGAACACUUGACCAAAGUAACAAUGUCGGAUUCAUUUGCACGAGCAACGCUCUACCUUCGACUAAGGUAUCAUUAUAUCUUCGUCUUGGUAACUCAGCAUUUUCUACUCAACUCCAAUAUCGAGAACCAUACAACCAGCUACUAUGUCAAGGUUUGUGAGGACAACAACGACGUUGUCAUUACAACACUUCUGGAUAUGCAGGCGAGAAAUCUUCUCACGGACUCGUUGUGGUUCGAUUCCCAUCACAUUCUCUCAACAUCCCUCAUCCUGCUUCUGCGAAUUAUGAAGCGCCCAUUAUCUACUGAUCUCCAAGACAAAGUCAAAAGCAUGCAGGGUCUUUUACAAUCAUCUUCAGGGAAGAUACAGGUCUAUGCGAACGAGUGUUUCAACCAAGUCCUUAAAGAUAUUUCCACGAGCAAAAAUAACUCAAGUCACAUUUCUGAGUUGACAUUUAACUCGGCACUGUGUGAUUUCAAUUUAUGGGAAUAA